CCGCCGAAGGGAAGCAAAGACCAUAAAAACCGAGAAGAAGAAGAGCGAAAUUAACCUAUUAACUUGUAAAGUUUUUUCACAAUUUGAAAUUUAUUAAUUUUUCAAAUAGAAAAAAAACUGUUCUAGCUCCAUAAUGAUUUUACGUAAAUUUGGUGGCUUGAUAGAGCCUCUUAAAUCAUGCAACUUCCAAGGGCUGCUUUUUUUUACUUCUCGUGAGGUGUGUAAGUUCUCUACUGAACCAGUUAAGUCUGUGUCUGGCAGUGAUAGUCUUGAAGAUAAAACCAAAAAAAUUAGUAAAGCGAUGAGAGCAUACCUACAAAGAGCUAACGAACAUGAUGAAUUUAUGAAGAAACAGAAAGAGGAAUUUCAGAUUGGAAAAAGGCAUCUGGCUAAUAUGAUGGGUGAAGAUCCUGAGACUUUCACCCAAGAAGAUAUAGAUAAUGCUAUUGAAUAUUUAUUUCCAUCUGGACUUUAUGAGAAAAAGGCAAGACCUCAUAUGAAACCUCCAGAGGAAGUAUUUCCUCAAAGAAAGGCUGCAGAAUUUGAUGAAACUGGAAGGCCACAUCAUUUCCUAUUUUAUACUGGAAAACCAAAUUUUUAUCAAAUGUUAUAUAAUGCAGUUCAAUACAUGAAUGAUAUUGAAAAAUUUGAGGAUACCAUGAUUCGAAAAGGAUUGACUCCAGACCCAAAUCUCACCCUAGAACUGUCUGGUUAUCAAUGGCUAGACAAAGGUGUUUUGGAAAAAAAACUGAUGGAAUCCUUAGGAGACAAAGACUACGAAAAUUUUGUUAGUACCUUUGAACGAUUGUGCCAGUUACCAUAUUCAUAUAAGGCCAAGGAUUUUAUUUUUGAAUUCACGAAGCCACUCAUGAAUCAAAUAAAGACUUAUGACGCCCCAAAAGCACAAUAUGAUUCAGAUGGUCGAGCAUAUGUUACAACAUAUGAGUGUUUGAGAAAAACUGCUAGAGGUGACGUUACUAUUAGAAUGCCAGGUACAGGUAAAAUCACUAUAAAUGGACAGGAUAUGAGUUACUUCAGUGACGUGCAGUCAAGGGAACAGUUACUUUUUCCUUUAAUUUUCUCAAACAUGUUGAAUAAAGUUGACAUCGAGUGCAACAUUGUAGGCGGAGGAACAUCUGGACAAGCAGGAGCUUUAAGGUGGGGUAUUGCCUGGGGACUAAGAAGCUUCGUGGAUAAAGAUACGAUUGAGAAAAUGAGAUUAGCGGGUCUUUUGACAAGGGACUACCGUACAAAAGAGAGAAAGAAGCCAGGACAAAGGGGAGCCAGAAGAAAAUACACCUGGAAGAAACGUUAAUAUUAUACAAUUGUUGGAUUAUUAAAAUGAAAAACUAAAAA